CUUGUACCACUACAUAUCCCGAAAUCAUCAACCGUACAGUCAAAAUGUCUUCUCCACAGCAACUCCGCACGAAGCUCACUGAUCUGCUCAAGAUCAAGCACCCCGUUCUGCUCGCUGGCAUGAACGUGGCUGCUGGCCCUAAGCUCGCUGCUGCUGUCACCAACGCUGGAGGUCUUGGUGUCAUUGGUGGUGUCGGUUACACACCUGACAUGCUGCGAGAACAGAUCGCCGAGCUCAAGGGCUAUCUGAACGACAAGAAUGCGCCGUUCGGUAUCGAUCUUUUGCUCCCUCAGGUUGGUGGUAGCGCUCGCAAGACCAACUACGACUACACAAAGGGCAAGCUGAACGAGCUCGUCGACAUUAUCAUCGACUCUGGCGCCAAGCUCUUCGUCUCCGCCGUCGGCGUACCUCCCAAGGCCGUCGUUGAGAAGCUGCACAAGCAUGGCAUUCUGUACAUGAACAUGAUCGGUCACCCCAAGCACAUCAAGAAGUGCCUCGAUCUCGGCGUCGACAUUAUCUGCGCACAGGGUGGUGAGGGUGGUGGACACACUGGCGACACACCAACAUCUGUCUUCAUCCCUGCGGCAGUCAAGAUGGUCGAGGGUCACAAGUCGCCUCUCACCGGUGAGCAGGUGCAGAUCGUUGCUGCUGGUGGUAUCUUCAACGGCCAGUCGGUCGCUGCCAUGCUCAACUUCGGUGCCACUGGUGUAUGGGUUGGUACCCGCUUCGUCCUCUCUGAAGAGGCUGGCGCCCCCAAGGCUCACCAGGAAGCCGUUCGCACAGCUGGCUUCGACGACAACGUUCGCACAAUCAUCUUCACAGGACGACCCCUCCGUGUCCGCACAAACCCAUACAUUGCAAAUUGGGAAGAGAACAGAGCGGCUGAGAUCAAGGAGCUGACCAGCAAAGGCAUCUUGCCUGUUGAGCACGACCUUGAGAAGCUGGGUGAUGACCUUGAUGAUGACACAAUGGACAAUGCGCGACCGUUCUUGAUGGGCAAGGUUGCUGCUGUUGUCAACGAGAGGAAGAACGCAAGGGAGAUCAUUGAUGAGCUGGUCGGGGAUGCCGUCAAGUGGCUGCAGACCACCAAUGGGUACAUCGUAUCCAAGUCGAAGCUAUAAGUAGCAUAUCUGUGUGUAGUUUUUCGAGUGAUUUAGCAUGUUUCAAUCAUUUGUAAGAUCUCUCUGCAACACUUCUUGCGUUGGAGAUAAAGCCAACUACCGUCAUGGCGACCAGCCUCAAAAUAGAUCUUUUUAGCUAACUGCACGCAGCGUUGUAGUCUUGUAGAACUUUGCAUAGUCACGGACAGCGUGCAGUUCUAUGCUGACUAUCUCCCUCAGUUCUGACGAACAAUAGCCGG